AAACUUCUUCUUAAUAAGAUUGUUCUUGACGCGAAGGGUUAAGGUAUUAAUGUCAAGUAAACUAACACAAGCCCAGCCCAAUUUAUUCCCAAACUGAAGAAAAAAAGAGGAAAGGAAAUGGAUGUUACUGCACUGCCGGAAGAGUGCAUCGCCACCAUAAUUUCCUUCACAUCCCCUCGCGAUGCUUGCAGGAAUUCGCUAGCGUCCCGGAGCUUCGGAUCAGCCGCAGGUUCGGAUCUCGUGUGGAAGAGGUUUCUGCCACCGGAUUAUCAGCAGAUCAUUUCUGAAUCGGUUUCUUCGGGAUCAUCAUCAUCAUCAUCAUCCUUGAAUAACUUAUCCAAGAAGGAUAUUUAUUUCCAUCUUUGCCACAAUCCCAUCCUCAUCGGCAACGGUAACAGAAGCUUCACAAUUGAUAAAUUGAGUGGAAAAAAGUGUUACAUGCUGAGAGCAAGAGAGUUAUCUAUAACAUGGGGAGACUCUCCGGAAUAUUGGAAGUGGAUUCCUUCAGCUAAGUUGCCAAUUUCAGCCCAAUCCAGAUUCUCGGAGGUGGCUUAUCUUCUAGAAGUGUGUUGGCUUGAAAUAGGAGGUAGAAUUGAGACAAAAAUCUUGUCCCCAAACACAAGAUAUGGCGCAUACCUCAUCUACACCAUUAAGGGUGAUUUCCAUCUGCUUUACAUCCCAGCAAAGGUGUCCAUUAGAUUUGAAGAUGAGAAUGAAGGUAAUGGUACCAUUGCUUAUUUGCAACCAGAUACACCAGAGGUAGUUGAUGGACAAGUUCCACGAAGGAGAGAGGACAUGUGGUUUGAGAUUGAGAUUGGGGAAUUCUUCAAUGGCCAAGUUGAUAGCCUGGUGGAGAUGCACUUGAUUUGUACUGCCGGUGACUGGAAAUCUGGCCUUGUUGUCCAUGGCAUUGAGCUUCGGCCAAAAUAAGAAAUGUAAGAGAAAUAGUUUUGCAAUUUAUGGGUUGGCUUUUCCUUU